AGGCCCCGCGCCCGCGUCUCCAUGGCGACGCGCCCCGACCGAGGGCUCCGCGGAGCAGGUUUUUUGAAAUAUAUUUUUUCCUUAGAGACCAAAAAAUGUCCAAAAGUACUACCCAGGAAACCUCAUAAAUACUACAGUGUGAAGGACCCUGCGCUCAGACCACACAGCUGACCUGCAUACAUCUUAGGGAGGCCUGACAGAGCAACAGGUCAUUUACUAUGUCUUUGGCUGAUACAACAGAGAUAAAUGUAGAUGAGCCUUUCCCCAGUGUGACUCUAGAAAGCACUAGGCGGUCUGCAGAGAGGAGCGCAGACACAAGCAAUUUUCCCAGGAACAGUAACGCUUCCGAUAAGAGUGUUGAUUAUAGCAGAUCUCAGUGUUCCUGUGGAAGCUUAAAUUCUCACUGUGACUAUUCAGAAGAGUUUGUCUCUGAAUGUUCAGAAACAACAGCUAACAGAAAUUACGUAGAGACGCCUGUGGUCAAAGAAAACAAGGAGGAGAAGAAAAAUUAUAAUGUUUCUAAGUUCUCCCUGCCUAAAGGCCCAGAAAUCUCCAUGGAGAAAAAGCACAACUGCAAGGCGCCCAUUUCCAAUUCCCAAGCCAACGUGACCCAGAGAAGAGACGCUAUGACUCACCGCAUCCUCUCCGCAAGGCUACACAAGAUCAAAGAGCUGAAAAACGAACUAACUGACAUACAUCGCAAGCUGGAAGCCACAGUCAUAGAAAACCAAUUUCUGAAACAAGUUCAGCUUAGACACCUGAGAGCUAUCGGAAAGUACGAGAAUUCACAAAAUAACCUACCUCAGAUUGUAGCUCAACAUCAGAGUGAAGUAAAAAAUUUAAGGCAGCUACUUAGGAAAUCUCAGGCAAAGGAAAGAGCCAUAUCUAGGAAACUUCGAGAAACAGACGGCGAACUACUCAGGACGAAAGACACUCUGCAGACACUGCAGAGACUUUCUGAGGACAAGAAUCUGGCAGAGAGGGGAGAACUUACUCAAAGACUGUCUAGUCUUACCACUAAAAUGGAAACAAAUGACAAAAAAAUCCAGAGCUUGGAAAAACAACUGAGGUUGAACAAUAAGGCCUUUAGCCGCCAGCUGGCCACUGAGAGCCGGAAGACGGCAGCGGCGCAGGCGGCCACGAGGACCCUGCAGAUGGAGGUGACCCACCUGCAGCAGAGACUUAAGGAGAAGGAUCGAGAGCUUGAAAUCAGAAACAUCUAUACGAAUCGGAUACUUAAAAAUUCGCAAGACAAAGAUUAUCCAAAAGUUUCGUCAACAAAAUCCAUACAGGUGGACAGGAAAAGCGUCCCAUUUACCAUCAUGAGACACCAGGAGACCCAAAAAUCAGAAGAUGCCCCAUCUUUGACAACUAAGGGGAAUAAGACAACAAGAAACAUCGGUCAGAAAGAAAAGUCAACUGAGAUCGCCUGUGCAGCCCCUCACGGUGUCGGGCAACUGCCAAACCAAGAGGGUGCCAAAAGAAAGUGUGAAGAUGCCGCGGAGGAAGAGGAGCGACGGGAGGCGGACGCCGCGCCGGAACACGCGGGAAGGCCGAGGCCGCAGGACGAGCAGGAGGCGGCGGCGCCGCCGCCCAGGCCCCGCCGGCGCUACGCCUUCUCCGAGGCCGUGGAGAACCUGCACCACGGGCUGCCGGCCGCGGGCGCCCCCCACGCGGGCCCGAGGCGCGGGGAGCCCCCGGGGCAGCCGGCGCGCGACGACGAGCCCUCCCUCGGCAAGGCGGGGCGCGCCAAGGCGCCGGACGCGGCCUUCCUGGCGCGGAAGAGCAGCCUGAUGGAGGAGCUCUUCGGCUCGGGCUGCGUCCUGAGGGCCGGCGCCGAGGCCCGCGCGCCCGCCGAGGCGCCGAGGAGGAAGCGGCCGCAGCCCCCGCCGCCGGGGCGCGCCUCGGCCGGCAACGCCUGCGGGGACGCCAAGGCAACGGCGGUGGAUUCCGCUUCACCCACGGAAGGAAAAAGAAAAAUAAUUACCUGAGCGUGAGCACUCUCCUCACACACCUGGUCUGCCGCUCUGGUCCUUCGCGCCGCGGGCCCCUCAUCACGGGGCCCUGGGGUGACUAGACUAAGGUCUUGUUUUACCGCGCGCCAGACUUUCCACAACACUGUGUAUUACUGACAACAGUUGCCAACAUUACGUGGUUUUUCCGCGUGAAACCCGUCCAUGGCCCUUCGGAGGACGGACUGGUGGCCACGGCUGUAGUGUUCGCUCGGACGCCACGGCUGGAAAGCUCAGUCAGCCCAAGAGCCCCAUCUCACAGGAAUUUAUCGGCAAUCAAAUUGCAUUUAACGUAAAACAUGGAAGCAGUUUUGAAGAGAAACAAGUAGACUUUAAAAAAAAAAAAGGCAUCCCCAACCCUGGUGUCAGGAGCUGUUGAGUGCUCUCUUAAUCGCCUGUCACUGAACAUCCUGCCCCGUGGGCGACACUCUCCUCAUGUUCACUUAAGAUUCGGUAUCCUUGUUAUAUUUUUGCACACCUACACCGUGGCUUUUUUUUCUGCAAGUCUGGAAAAAAAAAGCCUCUCGGUGUAAUAAACAUCCCCCCAGGCUACCUGCUUGGCCCUAACACAGUCACUGUAUCCCCAAUAUUUUGUAAUUAAGACCAUACAAAGGGGGCUCUGCUACCAAUGUUAAUCAGUUAACUUGCCUUUAGUUUACAGGGGCAACUUGUUUAUAAUCUGAACCAUACUACUGCCAACGGUGUGGGAGUUGGUGUGUCAUACCAGCACACUAUUUUUAAAAUUGAGUGAAAGACAUGGUGGGAAAUAACUAUUUAAAAGCAAAGAUGAGGUAAAUUCAAGUGGCACAGGCUUUAAUCUUUAUGAAAACCACUGUUGGGGGAAAAGAAAGAAGGGGGGGGGCAUGCAAAGGCACGUGUGCUGGUGACGACUGCUGAGCCUUAAAUUCCGGAGAACUGUACUAAAAAGAUCUUGGGAAUGGUGUCUGGAUGGGAUAUUAUUACAGCAUCUACAGCAUCUACCCCUGCUUUAUAGAUUUCAAGAGCUCUUCUGCCAACUGACAAAAGCACAAAUCAUAGCAUUAAACCAGAGCUAUCUAAAAGCGCUUCUGCAGGGAAUUUAAUAAAAAUUUAAUCUAAG